GUGCGUACCUGUAUAUAGCCAAAAGUAUACCUGUUAAAGUUUAUAUACUUGAUAUAAGCUUCGCCUUGACCUCUCCUUUAUCUUCUUAACCGAAAGCCCUAAUAUCCAUUCGUGGUCUGGUGUCAACCUUGGAAUGCUGGGAGCAUGGUGAACAACGCAAAUGUCCCUGACAAGGGACCAGCUUUUAUGGCCGUGACUGGUGUUCUGGCUGGUAUAGCGUUUCUCCUUGUUGUCUACAGGCUCAUACAUGGCUGGACUUUCAGAAAGGCCAUUUACACGGAUGAUAUACUUAUUGCUUGUUCUAUGUGUGUGCAAAUCAUUACAACAGUAACUGGGGAUCUAGCGAAUCAUUAUGGUUUUGGGCGGCAUAAAGCAGAUAUUGCGAGAACUGGAGGACACCUAGUGGUGGCUUUGAAGUACUUUUGGCUGUUCCAGGUCUUCUAUAAGCUAGUGCUAUGCUUGACCAAACUGUCUUUCCUUACAUUCUAUCUCCGUAUCUUUCCCAGCAAGAGAUUCCACCAAAUCUGCUACGCGACCAUAGCUGUCAUUAUCUGCGGCGUUUUCGGGUUCGUCCUCGCCACCAUCUUUCAGUGCAUCCCAGUCGCAGGCUCUUGGGAGAAGAAUCUACCAGCAAAAUGCAUCAACAACGCUUGGUUCCGAUGGUGGUGGGCAGGCUACAACACCGCAACCGACAUUUGGAUAUGCCUGCUACCAAUGCCCCUUCUUGCGCGUCUACAGCUAGACACUGUCCGCAAGGUCGGUGUCAUGCUCAUGUUCGCUAUUGGUCUUUUCGUCUGCGUAACGAGUAUCGUCCGUAUCACAGCCCUUGUACAAAGUGUGUCCACAACCGAUCCAACCUGGGGUUCAUGGGAUGCUUUACUCUGGAGUGCUAUUGAAGCUAACACGGGUAUUAUCUGCGCUUGUCUGCCAUUCUUGAAACAUCCUAUCAAACAGAUGUUCCCCAGGCUCUUCUCUUCUUUCGACAGCAAGAUCACCCACAGUCGACCAACGUACAAACUCAGCGCUCUCUCAAAUAGGGGACACCGGAGUCAUCAUAACGGGGAGUGGCAGAACUUGGAAUCGUCGAAGGUCGGUACAGGAAGUGUUGGUAGAGGAAGCGUUGGUGCGGGAAGUGAGGACGCCAUUGUACCUGGUCAUAUCAUGAUGAAGACCGAUAUAUCGCUCCAGACGGAGCGUAUAGAAGAGUCCCAUUACCCCGAGAGGCGGUGAUAUCGGGAUAAAAAAUUACUUUCAGUGAUGUUACGAUUAGCGCUGCCUUGCCCUUUUUUUUCCAUUUGUAAUUAUAGCAGAUUAGUGCUCGAGCUAGACCUGGCAAGUCGACAUUAGUGGAUAUAUAUAUAUAUAUAUUGACAU